AUGCGGCUUCGAGGCAGCCGGUAUGCGGUCGACUGGUGGCGCGGUCGCGUCUUUGCGGCGACGUCUCUCCUCGUCAUGCGCCACGGAGGCAAGCCGGGGCGCGGCGAGGGCGGAGGGGCGGAGGCGGAGGCAAGAGGCGCGGUUCGCGCGGAGGCCUCGGGGGUGGUGGACAGUGCCGCAGAGGCGGGCGGCGCCGCGACGUGUGACGUUGACAACCCGACCGGCUUGUGCGUUGACAAGGGCUCCUAG